CAUUGAUUUAAGUAUCACCAAAACCAAACGACGUCUUAAAACAUUUGUGUGUGCGUGUGUGUUUUUUUUUAUGGGCAAUAUCAAAAAUUUUAUUAAGCUCUGUGUGUCUCCCUAAAACAGAGAAUACACACCUGUAUCUUUACAAUACCAGCAUGCUAAAACAGAUGCCGCUACUGCACUCUGAAUUUACACAGCAAACUAAAAAACCAAGAUCAACUCUACAUUCUACCUUUACUGACUAAAUACAACACGACAAUCAGUAUCCAGAGCUGCAUUUCCUUGUCUGGCUAGCUCGACCGUCCUUCGGAACAUUUGUGUGUUCAAUCCAAUCAAUACAGACAAAAGCGUGCAAUUCUACGCAGGAAUUUAAAACUCAACACGCGAUCCUAGGUGAAAUCAUUUUGAUUACUUAGGCCCCGUUUAGUAUCGAUUUGUUGUUGUUGUGGUUGCAGUGGUGUUGUGUAAACAGAUGUACAACAACAACAGGAAAAAAACAGAAAACACAAACCUGUUUAGUUGAUAAUCUGAAAAAUAAUGAAAACAGACAACAAGAAGCAAAAACACGUUCAAUUACUACUAUUAGAAUUAAAAACUAGAAAAGAGAGGAGGCGGCGGCGAGGGGAAAGGAUUCGAAGUCGGCGACGGGAAUCGAGAGGAGGAAGCGGCAGGGGUUGCGAGGUCGGGCGACAGGGGAAAGGGAGGCGGCGGGGGCAAAGGAACGAAAUCGACGACGAGGGGGAGAUGGACGAUAUCGGCGACCUGGGUCUCGAGAGGAAGAAGUUGAGAGAGGGAGGGAGCUAUUGGGCGGCGAGUUUGGGAGAAAAUAAGGGUAGGGUUGGCCGACUAAGGUUUGGAGGUGCAAACCUGAUUCACAACAGAAAAUAGAAACCCAACUAAACAUGUUUUUUUUUUCUUGAUUUCUCCAAUCUUGAAAAACACAAUAGAAAACAAAAACAGGCAACAAUACUAAACGAGGCCUUAGAAAAGAAAAAGCACCGACAUCAUAAAAUCCAAUCAUUGCAGUAGAGCCAAGCUUUUAUUGAAUCUAAUUGGGUCUUAGAUCGGGCCUCAUUGGGCUCAAAUGCUCGACUUCGUGGAUCCGACUUUUUCCAUGUACUUGGGCUUUUCUCUUUUUCGAAUAAUUGAAAUUCCAACUCGUGGAAGUUUCGAACCGAAACGGGACCCACAUGAACACUCGCGUUCUGUUCUUUCCAGGUGCCUCAGGCCGUCGUGCACGGCACAAAUGGCGUUUCCCUCUUCCUUCCUUCUCUCUUCUCCUCCUUCCCCACCCUCCACCAAUACCACCACCAUCUCCGCCGCGCCGGUGCGUCUAACCACCGCGCACAGCCUGCAACUUAUCUAGUUUAUCAAACCUUAAAUUCCCCACCUCCAAUCCCAACCAAAAGCCCGUCUCACGUGAUUCUUCUCGGUUCUCCGCCCAAACGGCGCGCCCCUUUCAAUUCAUUCAAUUUUCCGCGCCCACGGUUGGGCUCUCUCACAUGCAUAUGCUUUUGAAAUUCCGAAAGAACGAUGGACGAGGAGAGCCAACAGCAGGGGAUCGGCACAACGGCGGUGAAGGCGAUGAAGCUAUCUUCGCGGUCGCCGGUCCUCGUGUUGACCGCCGCCCUGGCAGCGCUUCUCUGCUUCCAAAUCACGACGAGAACCGUCUACCCGGUUUGGGUGGACCGGACCCGAGGAUGGUUCGAAUCGGAUUUCCCACUAGACGCCGAAAGCUGUUCUGGGUUCUACGGGAGAAUCCCGGCUAGGAAGACGGUGAUGUCGAUUACUGAUUUCGGAGGGGUCGGCGAUGGGGAAACGUCCAACACGGAAGCGUUUCAGAAGGCUGUUCGGCACAUGCAACGGUUCGGGUUGGACGGCGGAUCGCAGCUGAAUGUGCCGGAAGGGAGGUGGCUCACCGGCAGCUUCAACCUGACCAGCAAUUUCACAUUGUUUCUUGAACAAGGCGCUGUGAUUCUGGGUUCUCAGGACCCAAAGGAGUGGCCUAUAGUAGAGCCAUUGCCUUCUUAUGGCAGAGGGAGAGAGAGAUUGGGAGGGAGGCAUAUUAGCCUUAUUCAUGGAGAUGGUCUCUUUGAUGUCGUUAUUACAGGACAAAAUGGAACCGUUGAUGGUCAGGGGAAAAUGUGGUGGGACUUAUGGUGGAAUAGAACAUUGGAGCACACAAGGGGACACCUUGUGGAACUAAUGAACUCCCACAACAUCCUCAUCUCAAACCUCACCUUCCGCAACUCUCCGUUUUGGACUGUACAUCCAAUUUACUGCAGUAAUGUUGUGAUCAGAAACAUGACAAUCUUGGCGCCACUUGAUGCUCCAAAUACUGACGGGAUAGACCCAGAUUCUAGCACAAAUGUAUGUAUUGAGGACUGCUACAUCGAGAGUGGGGAUGAUCUUGUAGCAGUGAAGAGUGGAUGGGACCAAUAUGGUAUCAAGACGGCCCGCUCAAGCUCCAACAUAAUAAUCAGAAGGAUCUCUGGCAGCACCCCUACCUGCUCAGGCAUCGGAAUAGGGAGCGAAAUGUCCGGAGGCAUUGCCAAUAUCACGAUCGAGGACCUGCACGUUUGGAAUUCAGCAGCCGGAGUGAGGAUAAAAACCGACAUAGGCAGGGGAGGAUACAUUGCGAACAUAACCAUGAGAAAUUUGAUCAUGGAGAAGGUGAAGAUACCGAUCAAGCUCAGCUGGGGUUCGAACGAUCAUCCUGAUGAAGGGUGGGACCGGAAUGCAAUUCCCACCGUGAAGGGAGUCAGAAUCAGCAACGUGCUCAGUUUGAAUUCCACCAAAGCUCCGCAGUUGCUGGGCAUUCAGAAUGCUCCAUUUUCCGGGAUAUGCCUCAGGAAUGUCACGACGAAGUUAUCAUCGUCGUCUCCUGCUUCUUGGCACUGUGAGUUUGUGUCCGGUUUUGCUCAGGACGUGUUUCCACUGCCGUGUCCCGAGUUGCUGCAGGAAGACGUCUCUAGGUGCUCCUAGUUUUUGUUUUACAACUUUGAUUCUUUUUUCUGUUGGUUUCUGAGUUUGAUAGAUGCACAUGAAGGAUUAGUAGGCACAUUUCGAUACGUGAUUGCGGAAUCGUGUAGUUUACGUAGAACAGACUAAGAGUAUAGACAGAGUUACUGGUAUGCCAUAGAUGUAUAGCGAUUGAGGCACAUUCUUACUGACUAGCUUAUAACCCGGCCCGUUGGCCGGAAUGUUUAUAUUUGAUUAUUUGUAUUUUUAUGUUACAUUUAAGUCUAUCAACCCGUUUAAUUUUAUUGACAAUUCUUCGAUCUAGAUGAUAUAUAAAGAAAGAAUAUAUAGGUCGAACUUUUGGAGAAAUAAGAAUAUAAAAUAUAAAAAUGAUU